UUUUUUUUCAAUCUGACUUCUUCCGAGCAAGAAUUUGAAAUAUCCGAUUUGAAAAACACCAAAAAAAAGAGCAUGGACAGCUCUCAUGUUUCAGGUGGCUUCCAGAAUUUCCGACUACAAUUUCCGCAACAGUGCGAAAGCGAAAUUUGCGGCAUGAGCCGAUUGUCAGCCAGCAUCUCACAACCGUGUCUGUCGUCGAUCAGUCAGAACGCGGAUGGUCCUACCCAGAUUUUCCCAUUCAUGUAUCUGGGCAGUCAACAGGAUGCACUCGACGAGGAGAAAAUAAAGGUGAAUCGUUGUUCAGUCACUUUUUUGACGUUCUAUGAGUGUACUUGUGAUCAUAAACUGGUCAUUUCGUACAGCUAUGUACUACUUUUACUUACGGCUCAGUUUCUAUUUUCAGAAAGGGUCCGUACGGAAGGCAAAGUGGUGCUGAUUCAUUGUCUGGCUGGAAUAUCACGAAGCCCGACAUUAGCCAUUUCGUACGUGAUGCGAUACAAGAAAAUGUCAUCAGAAGAUGCUUACAAACUAGUCAAGGAGAAGCGUCCAUCGAUCUCGCCCAAUUUCAACUUUAUGGGACAACUGCUUGAGUACGAGCAGUUACUGAUCAAGAAAGGCCUCUUGUCACCGGAGGAUUCGGACGAGCCAGUGUGUCCAGCUUCGAAAGUUCCCAAAUCGGCUUCCGCCCAUUGCGUGUUCUUUGAACGUCCCCGCGAUAUCGGUGUUUCUGUGACGCGAGUAAACGAGAACGGAAAACGUGGUCUUAGUGAUCCGCUCGAUCGGCCGAAGGUUCUCGGUCUGUAUAAUGCGGAAACAAAACGCUUAGCUGCGGAAGAUUUACCGUCACCGUCAACGGAACUCUCGAAGCUUACAUUCGCUGGCCUUCCUUCACCGUCCUCGCCAUCUGUUGGUCAGCCUCGGACGCUAUCCUUAUCGAAUCCCUGCUUUGUCUCACCAACGAGAGAGACUCUUCAACCUGAGACGGUCACUCAUACAGAAGAAUGCGAGACGAGUCGGCGCAGUUAUUUCAAGCAUCGCUUCGUAUCGCUCUUUAAGGUUUGUAGCUUACAUUCUAGUUGUAAAAAUACUUACUUUGAGUUUCAUUAG